AUUCGCCCUGGCUAGCUUGACAGCCUGCCUUGACAGAUCGUGCUUCUGUCAGACCUGCAGUAAACUCACUAAUCUGGUGCUGCUUUCUGCAUUGACAAACAACCACACAGUAACCAGACCUGACUGAAAAUGCUGUCCUACAUCAUUGGUCUGAUCCGAGGAGGCUUUGACAGCAUCGUCAACUUGAUCUUCAGACUUCUCUUCUCCAAAAAGAGAGCAGCCCUCACCUUAGAGGACCCCAACAUUAAGUAUGCACUGCGGCUGCUGGACAAACAGAUUAUCAGCCAUGACACAAGGAAGUUCCGCUUUGCCCUGCCUUCCCCUGAACACAUCCUCGGGCUCCCUGUUGGGCAACACAUCUAUCUGUCUGCGAGGAUAGACGGGAAGCUGGUGGUGCGUCCGUACACGCCAGUCUCCAGUGAUGAUGAUAAGGGCUUUGUGGACUUGGUGGUGAAGAUUUACUUUAAAGAUGUUCACCCUAAGUUCCCCGAGGGUGGGAAGAUGAGUCAGUACUUGGAGAGCCUCCGGAUCAACGACACCAUCGACUUCAGAGGACCCAGUGGGCUUAUUGUUUACAAAGGAAAAGGAGUUUUUGCUAUUCAACCAGAAAAGAAGGAGCCAGCUGAGACCACCACAGCCAAACAUAUCGGCAUGAUCGCUGGAGGGACAGGGAUCACUCCCAUGUUGCAGCUCAUCACAGCUGUGAUGAAAGAUCCAAAGGACCAGACAGUGUGCCACCUGCUGUUUGCCAACCAGACUGAGAAAGACAUCCUGUUGCGACCGGAGUUGGAAGAGAUCCAGGUCAACCACCCGGACCGGUUCAAGCUGUGGUUCACCGUAGACAGAGCACCUGAAGACUGGGAGUACAGCCAAGGCUUCAUCAAUGAAGACAUGGUGAGGGAACACCUGCCGCCUCCCAGUGACGACACCCUCAUCCUGAUGUGUGGACCUCCACCUAUGAUCCAGUUCGCCUGCAUCCCAAACCUGGACAAAGUCGGCCACGCCGCCAGCCGCAGGUUUGCCUUCUAGACGUCUGUCCGCAGCGAGAGAGGGAAGGUGGUUUAGGCAUAUAAGGGCGUCCAGUUAUAAUCUCUACCCUGAAAGCUUUAAAGCACUCGUACAGCUGCAGUGGGUAUUGCACUAUGUAUACUAUAUUUAUGCCGUGAUAUUCAUCAUGCAACAGAAUCACAGCAUGGACCAAUUAAUGUAAUCAGAAAGUGUCAUGGAGGGGGAAGGACUGCUUUGUUUUUGUUUCGGAGUAUGUAGACGAUAUGGAUUCCUGAAAGUGUUUUACACUGUUGGCUUUAAGAAAUGAGGAUGUGUUACAAACAAUAUCAGAAGAGUUGUGAUUUACUGGCUGUUUUCUGAGUGCCUUAACACUUGCAACGUUUUUUUAAAAGUGGCUAUCACUUGCUUCAUUUAUACAGAGUUAUUUCAUUAUUGCUGUUGCAGAUCUGUUUAAAGAUGUCAAUAUUUUGCUAAAACAUGUUGUUGAACGUGACAUGCUUACUGUUAAAAUGUCUCAUGUUAGAA